CUGUCGUUUACAGAUAUAACAGCUACGCUACUGUAUUGUUUACAGUUGCUCCACUUCACAUGUAUAAACCGCGUCAAUAAGUAGCCUAAAUCAUUUACCAUAGUACGUGAGAACUUAAGCAAUGGAUGUUUCAACUCUAGAUGGCAAGCUACAAGAACUGAUUAAAGCUGCGGAUAAAGUUAAAGAAAAUGCUUAUUGUCCGUACAGUAAUUUCAGAGUUGGGGCCGCCGUGUUGUGUGCUGAUGGGUCUAUAUAUGCAGGAUGUAAUGUAGAGAAUGCAUCUUAUGGUGUCAGUGUGUGUGCGGAACGUAAUGCAGUAAUGAAAGCUGUAACAGAAGGGAAUAAAUCAUUCAAAGCAUUGGCAGUGUGUUGUGACGUGAAGGGAGAAUUUACAGGACCAUGUGGUAUAUGUAGACAAGUGUUGUCAGAGUUCAACAUGGACCUGGAGAUUUAUCUAACUAAACCAGACAUGACGUACCAGAAAGUAAUUUUCCGGGACCUAUAUCCAUUAUCGUUUACUCGACACAGUUUGGAGGAGGAGAAAAUCUAGAAAAUAUAUGUCUCAUACUUGAGAAUAAAGUGGUGCAUCUAUAUCCAUUGUGCAGCUAUAGGAAGAUUUGAAGAAAAUAA